AUGCCACCACCUUCAAGCAAAAAAAGAAAGCGAUCUGAGCCCGUAAAGAUAACCGCCGCUCCUUCAGUUGCAUUACCGCCCCCGAUCAUGCCUUACCCACAUCUGGUGCCAUCCUAUUAUCCAGUGUAUCAACACCCUUCUUAUUUUCUAUCAGUGGGUCAGCCUCCCAUAUCACCAAGUCUGUCACCCACCUUACCUUCCUCUCCACAACGUAUCCUUCCCAAAUCACCGAAUGCUGCAUUAGCCCCUACUUAUAAUUACUUUCCUUACCCUGUUCAAAUGUCUCCUCAACUACACCCGACAACAACCGUUCGUAACAACUCGGUUUCGUCUACUGGAUCCAGCACUACAGCAGAUCAACGCGAACAAGCCCGUAAAGUAUCACAUAGUGCUAUCGAACGAAGACGUCGCGAGAAGAUCAAUGAUAAAAUACUGCAGUUAAAAGAUCUGAUCCCUGCUUGUACUGAUCGAGAAAAUCUUCACAAGAUGACGAUCCUGCAAAGUGCUAUUGAUUACAUUACCUAUCUUAAAACAGUCAUUGAAGAACUAGACACGACAGGUGCUAUUCAAACAGAAUGUACUAAACCAAUCCAACAAUCCUCCAUGCUCCCGAAAGAAGUCGAACCAUUUACAUCUCAGUUCUCAAUAAAUGAUGAAGAAGACGCUUGGUCUGUCUCUUCCUCAUCUCCCAAAUUAAAGAGCUUAAAACCUAUGGACGUCAUUAACUUGAAUAAAGCCUCCACUCCACCUACAAUUGUAGUCCAUGAACAUACUUCUCUGGAUCGAAAUAUGAACCUCGAAAAUAUCUUAUGCUAA